AAAUGUCAUUUGCCUGCCUCACCACCUCCCCAAGGUAGCUGCCUCUCCCACCAGGCAACCGUGAGCAGUGAGUGCGGAAACCACGUGCUUUUGCGUGGGGAUUUGUUUUCGUUUUGGCGAGCGCUGGGCACUCACGCGCGCGCACAGUGACCGCUCACGCAGUGGCCUCACCGUAGGCGGUAUGUCAUCAUCUGCCAAAGCCGUCUUACGCAGGCACGUGUGUGAUUGCGCGAUUGUCCCAAGCCCCCGGGGGCCUCCGAAAUCAGUGUUUGCCGUUUGAAGCGACACACACACACACACCGCAGCGACGCAACCAGUUUCCCGGAGAUGUGCACCCAUCCUCGAACCGUGGCGUCCCACCGAUUAGGCCGAUUCUGCGUCGUCGUCAGCGUUCGGUCGCGAAAACAAAUAAAGUUAGGCUGACAACAAGGAGACGGCCGAGAUAAGGCGCCACGGGGCUCUGGUGACUGACGAUUCGUCGCUGGUCGUCGCCCGCUGCUCGCUGCUGCCGCGCUGCUUAUCAUCAAUCGCCACACAUUGUGUAUAUGCUGCGCGUUCUUCAAAAAGAAAUAUCUCUGUUUGGAACGCUGUCGUGCUCUCUUUCUCGCUUCGACAGCAGCCCUCCCCUUCCCCUGGUGCGACCAGCGACAGUGCGACGGUUAGGAAUUAGUGUGUAGCUCGCUCAUGUUAGCAACAGGGCCGCGGAGCGCGUGCCUGUCCAGUGUGUGAAGGGUUGCAGUGUGAUCGAUCGUGUUUCGUGAAGACACAGUACACCUUCCAGCAUCAAUCAGCAGAUCUGAACAAUCAAGCCAAAGCGUCCAAAGGACCGCAGCGUGCAUUUUUAAAGCACGGUGACGCAGCAGCCCUCAAAACCCCCCCUCCCUUUAAGGGAUCAGCAAACGCAGCGAGCUCAGACAGAGAUCAAACAAACAUGCACGGCGCGGGCGAAUCGAGCAGUUUGAAAACGGGCAUGAUUGACUUCAUCGCCGGCACGUUGGGUGGUGUGGCGCUCGUGUACGUCAGCCAGCCGAUGGACACGGUGAAGGUGAAGAUGCAAACGUUUCCCGGCCUGUACAAGGGACUGGUCAACUGCACGCUGCAAACGUUCCGGCGGGACGGGAUCGUGCGCGGCCUGUACGCCGGCACGCUGCCCGCGGUCGUCGCGAACGUCGCGGAAAACUCAGUAUUAUUCGCCGCGUACGGCGCGUGCCAGCAGGCGGUCGGUCGCCUCGUUCACAAACCCGCCGUGGCUGACCUGUCCGCGCUCGAGAACGCGACGGCCGGCUUUCUGGCCGCGUUCUUCUCCUCCUUCACGCUCUGCCCGACCGAGCUGAUCAAGUGCAAGCUGCAGGCGCUGCGCGAAACGGCCGGCGGCGGCAAAGGCCGCCCGACCAUCUCCUCGUACGCGCUCGUCAGCCAGAUCCUGCGCACCGAGGGCGUGCCGGGCAUGUUCCGCGGCCUCACGUCCACGUUUGCGCGCGAAAUGCCGGGCUACUUUUUCUUCUUCGGCGGGUACGAGCAGACGCGGGCGCUGCUGGCCCGCCCCGGCCAGUCGAAGGACGAGAUCGGGCCGGUGCGCACGAUGGUGGCCGGUGCGGUCGGGGGCGUCGCGCUCUGGACGGUCAUCUUUCCCGCGGACGUGAUCAAGAGCCGCAUCCAGGUGUACAGUAUGCGGGCGAGCAUGACGCAGGUCGGGCUGGACAUCUUCCGGAAGGAGGGCGCACUGGCCUUCUACAACGGGCUGCUGCCGACGAUCGUGCGCACCAUACCGGCGACCGCCGUGCUGUUCGUGGUGUACGAGUACACGAAGAAGACGCUCACGAAGCUGCUAGAGUAGUAGAGGAGUAGCUUUUUUUUUUGUUUGUUUAU